AUGUUCGGAACGAACUUCAUUUUUAACAUUUUUAAAAAUAAAUUUAAUAGUAUAUCAAAAAAAUGCGUAAGCUAUAUGAUAAAAAGCUACAAAAGAACAUGUCCUCACAUAAGCGACUUCGAGCCUUUCGCGUCCAUGUACUAUUUCAGCGGUUUGCAUAAUUAUAGGACCUUCUACUUACUUGUAAAAAUCAAUGAAAUAUUUAACAUAAAUAAAUACAAGCAUAUAUACAUAAUAUUCAGUACGGAUAAACAUGACUUUCAAACGGAUGAAAUUCCUACGAACAAAAAAAACAGGAUACACAUCGACCAACGCGUAGAUAUAAAAAUAAGGCAGUGCGAUGAAACACUCAAGGUUGAUUUAUUCACAACUAAAUUAACAAAGAAGGUUCACAUAGGACAAAUUAAAAUAGAUAUAAACUCUAGCGUCAUUAUGAAGUCUUUUCCAAAAAAUGAGUGGUUUGUGUGCCUCAAGGAUGGGCAAGAAAUCUGCAAAGUACAAAUGUCCUUUUACAAAAUUCAGAAAUAUGCCUGUCCUAACGAAUGCAUGCUCAUACAGGAUGGGCUUGAAAUAUGGAAAAACAAAGCAAAGAAUCUCAGAAAAAAGAAAAUUAGUUUGCAAGAUAUCCACAAACAAUUUGAUGAUGAUGAUAAAAACUUAUCCCUAAUAGAUGUAGAAACGGACAUAAAUGACAUAAGCCUGAUGCAAAAACUGAGGCUAAUAAGUUUUGUGUUAGAACAAGAAGUAUGUGUCUUUGAUUUUUAUGCAUAUGUUCCAAAGUAUAUGUUUGCCAAGGAAAUAAUGGGGGAAUGGUUUCUGUGCUUCUUGUGCUUUAAAGAUAGCAAAGAAGAAGAAGUAAUUAACAUUGAGACGAUAAUAGAAAGAAACAUUCAUAGAGACAUCAAUAUACCCAUGCUAAACAUACUUCGGAUAGUUGUAGAUAGUAAAAAUAAUACCAAUGCAAAUAUUAUGUAUACAUAUGCAAAUGAGAAGUAUUAUUUGAGCAUUCACUCUGAUCACAACCUGUCAUAUAUCAUAGACGCUAUAACAAUUUUUACCAACGAGCUAAAAGUGUUAAAGGAGUCUUAUGGGGACAAAUUGGAACUACGAAAAAAUAUGAUAAUGCAAGAAAGAAACAUGAAAAGGCUGAUGGGAAAAAGAAGAUUAUCUUCCCCUAGAUUCAGACGUAAUAUGCCAAAGAGCGCUCACAAAAUGAUCAAAGAAAUGUAUGUAGAAAAGGACAGCUAUGAAACUACAGCAUGGGAAAAAGAAGAAUUUAUCGACAAGGUAAUGGAUCAAGAAGAACAUCAUAAUGAGGAAGAAAAUAUAAUCCUUGUACCAGUAAAACCGAUUAAACAUGAUGAGACUGUAGACGAGAAGGAUUCACAUGAAAAUAGCAUAUUAGAAGAAGGGUGUUCAUAA